AUGACGUCCCCUCCGGACAAUCGUCUCACGACGGCCGUGUGCCGCGCCCUCCUCGAAGCCCUGGACGCCGUCGAGUUUGGCCCUCACGCUCCGGGUGUGGUGAUGACGACCAGCUCCAUCGACAAGUUCUACAGCAACGGCCUCGACCUCGCCCACGCCAUCGAGACGGAGGGAUUCUGGCCUCUACUAUACGGUGUAUGGCGUCGACUAUUAACAUAUCCCAUGCCCACAGUCGCCCUGCUAAACGGCCACACCUUCGCAGGCGGCCUGAUGCUCUCCAUGGCACACGACUACCGCCUCGCCCCCUCGCCGCGCGGCUACUUGUGCCUGAACGAGGUCCUCUUCGGCGCCCCGCUCAAGCCCGCCAUGGCCGCCAUCUUCCGGGCCAAGCUGUCGCCCCAGUCGUACCGGACCGUCGCCCUCGAGGGCAGGCGCAUGACCGGCCCCGACGCCGUGCGGCUGGGCGUGGCCGACGGGGUGGCCGCCUCGCUGGACGACGCCCUCGCCUUCGUGCGGGAGAGGGACCUGGUCUCCAAGCCGGCCAAGGGCGUCUACGGUGCCAUCAAGGCCGAGAUGUACGACGGUCUCGUCGCCGAGCUGCACGGCGCCGGGCUCGAGGCCGAGGAGGCCCGGUUCGCCGCCAACGGUCAGGCUGAGGAGGAGAGGAAGGAGUUCGGAAAGAUCUGGUUCGAGCAGUGGAGUAAGAUGAGCUGCCAGUAG